CCCCGCGAUGCUUGCGGUCCAGCCCAAGAACUCAAUUCUCCUCCUGCCCGCACUCAAUUCAAUCACCGUUGAUAAACCGAAUACCGCAUCUCAAUCCUCAAUUCUCGAAAGAAAGAAAAAAUGGCCUCCCAAGAUUACCAGCUUUUCUGCCUCGGCAACCCCCUUCUUGACAUCCAGGCCACUUGCGACCAGGCCGUUCUUGACAAAUACAACCUGAAGGAGAACGAUGCGAUCCUGGCGGAGGAGAAGCACAUGCCCAUUUACGAGGAUCUGACCACCAAGUACACGGCCAAGUUCCUCGCUGGUGGUGCUGCCCAGAACGCCGCUCGCGGAGCUCAAUACGUUCUUCCCGCCAAAUCGGCCGUCUACGUCGGAUGUGUCGGUAAGGAUGCGUCGGCCGACCAGCUCCGUGAAGCCAACGAGCGCGAGGGACUUCGCACCGAGUACAGAAUUGACGUGGAGCACCCCACCGGUCGUUGUGGUGUCGUGAUCACUGGUCACCACCGUUCCAUGGUUACCGACUUGGCUGCCGCCAACCACUACAAGCUCGAGCACCUCAAGUCUCCUGAGAUCUGGGCACUCGUUGAGAAUGCGAAAGUCUUCUAUGUCGGUGGUUUCCAUUUGACCGUCUGUGUUCCGGCUAUCCUGGCCCUUGCCGAGCACGCCGCCGAGACCAACAAGAUUUUCUCCAUGAACCUCUCUGCUCCCUUCUUGCCCCAGUUCUUCAAGGAGCAGCUCGACUCUUGCGCUCCCUACUGGGACUACCUGAUCGGUAACGAAUCUGAAGCUCUUGCUUACGCCGAGUCCCACAACCUCAAGACCACCGACAUCACCGAGAUCGCCAAGGCCAUUGCUGCCAUCCCCAAGAAGAACACUGCCCGUCCCCGUGUUGUCGUCAUCACCCAGGGCACUCUCCCCACUAUCGUCGUGACCUCCGGCUCCGCUGAGCCUAAGGUCCAGUCUUUCCCCGUGCGCGAGGUCGACGGCAAGAGCAUUGUCGACACCAAUGGUGCCGGUGAUGCCUUCGCUGGAGGAUUCCUCGGUGGAGUCGUCCAGGGCAAGUCGAUUGAGACUUGCGUCGACAUGGGACAGUGGCUCGCCAGCUUGAGCAUCCAGGAGCUCGGACCCGCGUACCCCACUGUGAAGAAGGCGUACGCUGGACACAACUUUUAGAUUAUACUGUAAGGUAUAAGGAGAAAUUGCGUAACAUAGCAUAGCAUAUUCACGUUCAACACUUUAAUGCAUUGGGGAUAGGAUAGGCACGGGGGUUACGGAGU